UGGUAAACUUGGCUUGUUUUUGGCUUUAGCGGGUUUUCCAAUUGCAGUGCUUUGUUUCAUUUAGGUUGAGGCGGAACAGGGUUAUGAUUCAAAUUGAUCGCGUAACUUAAUUCAUAAAUGCGCAAUAAAAAAGGAAAGAGAGAGUGGCAGCUAGAGAGAGAGAGAGAGAGAGAGAGAGAGUGAGAGAGAGAAAUGGGUGCGAAAUGUUAAUAGCAGCAACUGCCAGCUUAUGACUCCUAAAAGUCAGUCGCAGAAGGAGAGAAAGAAAAAGAAAUAAACACAAUGUAAGCAAAGUCGAGAGGGUCAAACAAAUGCAAGACAAUCUCUUUGGCUCUGUGGCUCUGUUGCACUGACUGCUGCACGACGACAGCUGAACGGCGACGUCGGCCGCCUUCUAUAAACAAAAAAAGAAAAAAAAAAAAAAAGAAAUUGCUGGUGCUGAGUUUGUGGCCGAUUGUGUAAUAGGAAAAUAUUUGUUGUUUGUCCUACUGCGAUAGGAAAACUGCAGUAUAUAAACGCGGGACAAAUGCAAACGGCAAACAUUUCCAUUGCAGCCGCACAGCCAGCAACAAGGUCUGUCGGGAGAAACUCACUGGACAGAAAGCCGCCGAAUAACCAAGCCAAAUGGCCAACUCCAAUCUGAUGCCGCUCAUUGUGGCUGUGGCAAUUGUCGGCAUUGUCCUGCCGCUGAAAGCUUCAUCAAUGCCAGGACUAGCGACGAGGACGAGCACAAAUGACGGCCUUCAGACAUCGUUAUAUAGCGGCAGUUAUGGCCAGUACGAUAAUCGUUGGCUGCCUUUGGGAGAGCCAAGCACGUCCAUGUUGCACAGACCAUUGCAACGCUAUGCCUUAAAGCAUGAUGUGGCAUCAGCUUUAGCAUCAGCAGCAGAAGGAGGAGCGGCAGCGACAGAUGGAGGUGAAGCGCGUCGCAGCUACAGAAGCCAUUCCUUUGGUAGCCAUGGCCAUGGUGGACUGGGAGCGAUGCUUAAUGGGCUCACAAAUCUCUCGGGCAUGGGACACAUUAGCAACGGCUACGCCUCAGUGGCGCCCACGCACACCGAGACACUGUCAAAACAAGAGAUACCAAUUUAUGAGGAGCAGCACGAGGAUACUGACGCAGUCGCAGCGGUGGCGGCAACUGCCAACGAUUAUGCUGAUGCGGAGGCGGGACGUAGCAUAGGCUAUGGCAGCAUCGCUGCCGGAGAUGAGCAUAUUCAGCAACAUCAGCAGCAACAGCAACAGCAACAACAGCACCAACCAUAUUACAAUUAUCCAGCUGAGGCGGAUUACUCGUCCGCCUAUCUGCCAUCUUUUGGCGGCAUCGACCAGUCUCAACAUCAACAUCAGCCUCAGCAUCAGCAUCAGCAGGCGGGCAAUCAUUAUGCCUACGAUAAAAUCUCAGUGGGAAAUUAUCUACAUUCCGGCUAUGAAGCAUUGCAGCAGCAUCAUGCCAAUGAGCAACAGCAUCAAGAGCAGCAACAGCAACAGCAGGAGCAAUUGGAACACGCCUCCUACUUUGCACCUUCACACGAGGAGAGAGCAAGUGAUGCGGAGGAGCAUAGCUCCAAUUUUCUAGCUGAAUCGAAUGGCCACGAGGACUCACAUCAGCAAUCGCAACAGUCGCACAGUCAUCAUCAUCAUGUGGAUAUCAUCAACUAUGUGCCCGUGAAGCAUGUAAAGAAGCAACAUGUGCCCGUUGAGAAGCCCGUGAAAAUACCCAUUUCGCAUGCAGUCAUCAUUCCCAUUAAGAAACCGGUGCCCAUUCACAUACCCAUCACCAAGCAGGUGCAAGUGGCCAUUGAGAAGGAAUUAAAAGUGCCAGUGGAGCGCAUUGUGCCCUAUCCAGUGGAGAAGCACAUUCCGGUGCCGGUGGAGAAACGUGUCCCAUACACGGUGAUCAAAUAUUUGCCCGUUAAGGUGCCCAAGCCAUUCCCAGUCAAGGUGCCCGUAUUCAAGACUGUCCUGCAUAAGGUCAAAAGCUGGUGGUAGACGAGCAAGUGGAAGUGGAAGAGGAAGCAGCUGCACUCCACCUUCACCUUCAUUCCAUAAGCAUUAAGUUCAUUAAAUCACAAAUGUCCUGUAAAAAGAGAAAAAAAAAAAAUCAGCGAUUUGCAAAAAGUUAUCAUGCAAUUUCA